AGUGCCAUCAACAUUCAGGAGACAACAUUGAGGUCGUCCUUAUUUUCUAGUUGAUGAUUUUGUCUGCUUCGGUUAAGCGCGGUGUGAACUGUGGAACGCUGUUUUUAUAGUUUUACCUGUGCCGUACAUAUCGGUGUAUCACGUUUUGGUCGCUAUAAUGCAGGUUAAGGAGUUUUAUUAGUACUUCAACCGUUGAAAGUUCUGUGUUGAAAGCACGGGAGGAUUUUUUUCCAUGUUGGAUAUGACUCCGCUCUUGAACACUGCGAGAGUGUUUUAAAACAGAUGUACUUUAUCAUGCUGUACUGUGCAGUGUGGUAUGCUGGUGUACACUACCGGUCAAAAGUUUUGAAACACUUGACUGAAAUGUUUCUCAUGAUCUUAAAAAUCUUUUGAUCUGAAGGCGUAUGCUUAAAUGUUUGAAAUUAGUUUUGUAGACAAAAAUAUAAUUGUGCCACCAUAUUCAUUUGUUUCAUUAUAAAACUAAAAUGUAAUAAUAAAAAAAAAGUUUUGAAAUUGAUGACUUGGACCAAAAUAAAGAAAAGCAGCCAAUAAGUGCCCAACAUAGAUGGGAACUCCUUCAAUACUGUUUAAAAAGCAUCCCAGGGUGAUACCUCAAGAAGUUGGUUGAGAAAAUGCCAAGAGUACAUGUCUGCAAAUUCUAGAUAAAGGGUGACUACUUUAAAGAUGCUAAAUUAUAACACAGUUUUGAUUUAUUUUGGAUUUUGUUUAGUCACAACAUAAUUCCCAUAGUUCCAUUUAUGUUAUUCCAUAGUUUUGAUGACUUUACUAUUAUUUUAAAAGUGAAAAAUAAAUUAUAAUAAAGAAUGAGUAAGUGUUUCAAAACUUCUGACCGGUAGUGUAUGUCUGUUUUUUUGAAGAAUGAAUGUCAUGUACGGCAAGGGGACAACCUGCCAGGAUGAAAUGGUCUGCACUUUACAAAUCUACCCCAGGUUUUCCGUCAAACCUGAACAAUGCUGCAUCCUCAGGGUCCCAAAAGAGGCGACAGCAGCCACUGUCAUCAAGACCGCUCUCUCCACACUUGGCUUGGACACAUCCAAGCCUUACGUUCUCGUGGAGGUCCAGGAGUACGGUGGAGAGGAGUGGAUCCUUCAAGGCAGCGAUCUGCUCGUUCAAAGAGUCCUCCUCUGGCCCAGAAAGGCCCAAGACCAGCACCCUCAAAGUGAUGGAUACUUUUUUGCCCUUCAGGAGGGAAGCAUUGAUGGAUCCAUCCAGUAUGACGUUAUGACUUCUGUCCGGCGUGAAAAAGUACCUCAGGGACUUGUGACUCGGGGCUUUCUUGCGCCACAACCUCAGGAAUAUGAUGAUUUAUGUAACCUUCCUGAGCUCACUGAGGAGAACAUCUUGGAGACCCUACGGUAUCGCUUCCACAAACAGAAGAUCUACACCUAUGCAAGCAACAUUCUUAUCGCCAUCAAUCCCUUCAAGUUUCUGCCUGUCUACAAUCCCAAGUAUGUCAAGAUGUAUGAGAACCAUACACUGGGCAAGUUAGAACCUCACGUCUUUGCCAUUGCCGAUGCUGCCUUCCACGCUAUGCUGAACAAACGGGUCAAUCAGUGCAUCGUCAUAUCUGGGGAGAGUGGUUCUGGCAAAACGCAAAGCACCAAUUUCCUUAUCCACUGCUUGACCGCCCUAAGUCAGAAGGGUUAUACUAGUGGAGUGGAGAGAACCAUCCUGGGGGCAGGCCCUGUUUUAGAGGCCUUUGGCAAUGCUAAAACGGCCUACAACAACAACUCAAGCCGCUUUGGGAAGUUCAUUCAAGUGAAUUAUCUGGAGAGUGGUGUUGUGAGAGGGGCUGUUGUUGAGAAGUACCUACUAGAGAAAUGCCGUCUGGUGUCCAGAGGAAAAACUGAAAGGAAUUAUCAUGUUUUUUACUAUCUUUUGAUUGGCGCCCCAGAAGACGAGAGAGAUGAAUUCAAGCUACUGCGGCCUGAAGACUACCACUACCUCAAACAAGAGAACCCAUUUUUGGAGGAUCAAGCAGAAAUGAAACACGAGUUCAAGAGGCUUCAUCAGGCCAUGGAGAUGGUCGGUUUUCUGCCUCCUACAAAAAAACAGAUAUUCUCUGUGCUCUCUGCCAUCCUAUACCUGGGGAAUGUGACAUAUGAGCCAAAAGAUGUUGGAGAGGGACUAAACGUGGGGCCAGAUCAUGUCCUCUCAGCUCUCUCUGAUCUUCUCAAGGUUAAAGUGGAGCUGCUUGUGGAAGCACUGACUACAAGGAAAGCAAUGACUGCUAACGACACACUGAUCCUGCCUUACAGCCUCAGUGAGGCCAUCACUGCCAGAGACUCUAUGGCCAAAUCUCUGUACAGUGCCUUGUUUGACUGGAUUGUUCUGCGAAUAAAUCACGCUCUACUCAACAAGAGAGACUUGGAGGAGUCUGUCAAGUGCUUAUCCAUUGGUGUCCUGGACAUUUUUGGAUUUGAAGAUUUCAAGACAAACAGCUUUGAACAGUUCUGCAUUAAUUAUGCUAAUGAGCAACUACAGUAUUACUGCAAUCAGCGCAUAUUUACUCUCGAACAAGAGGAGUACAUGGCAGAGGGCAUUACAUGGCAUACUGUUGACUAUCCAGACAACAUUGGCUGCAUCAGUCUCUUCAGCAAGAAACCCACCGGGCUCUUUUAUCUGCUUGAUGAGGAGAGCAAUUUCCCUCAUGCCACAGAUAGCACUCUACUGGAGAAGUUUAAGCAGCAGCAUCGGGAAAACCCAUUCUUUGUGCAUACUCCAGUGCGGGAGCCUGCUUUUGUUAUUCUGCAUUUUGCUGGCAAGGUCAAAUACCAGAUAAAGGACUUCAGGGAGAAGAACACAGACCACAUGAGGCCGGAUAUCGUUGCGUUGCUGCGAAGUAGUGAGUGCAGUUACCUGAGGCAGCUUAUCGGGGCUAAUCCAGUGGCUGUGUUCAGAUGGGGAAUCCUCAGGGCCACUAUACGCACUCUGGCUGUGUUCAACGAGGCUGGCCGACGUUGGGCGAAAAAACAUCCAGAUCAGGUCAGGCGUUACUCCAGAUCCUCUUUGGGGGAAAUGAGGAGAACCAGCACUGUGGUAGAGUUGCUAAAGUGCCAGAAACCUUUGAUUGAUUUUUCCUUUGAUCGGUUUGAAGAGGGUCCACUUGAAGCAUUUGAGGACAUCUUUGCUUCGUUUGAAAACAAGAAGGAAUUGCAUGCCAAAGUCCUACACACCAUUAAGCAGUAUGGUGGUGAAGUUCCUCACAAGCUGCGUCUGUCCACAGUUUCUAUGAGGAAGUCCCGUCUCUUCUCUCAGAAGAACAGGCCAAACAGACACAAGCAGCUAAUUCCUAAGAACCUCAUAGAUUCACGAUCUCUGAAACUCAUCAUGGGCCUGACGCAGCACAACCGUGUGACAAGGUCCCUGCUCCACCUGCACACUAAGAAGAAACCUCCAAGCAUCAGUGCUCAGUUCCAGGCAUCUCUAAGUAAGCUGCUGGAAACCCUGAGGAAGGCAGAACCUUUCUUUGUUCGCUGCAUCAGAUCUAAUGGAGAUAAGAGGGAAAUGCACUUUGAUGAUGGCAUUGUGCUUCAGCAGCUGAGGUACACAGGCAUGUUACAAACAGUUCGGAUAAGGAGGUCUGGGUAUGGAGCCAAAUUCACUUUCAAGGAGUUUACAGAUCAGUUCAGAGUGCUGCUGCCUAAGGAAAUAUCAACACCUCAAGAGGAAAUCGCUAACUUACUGAGGAAAAUGGUAUUACACAGCUCCAGUUUUCAGAUUGGCCGAACCAAGGUGUUCUUGAAAGAGGCAGAGAGGCAAAAACUCCAGGAAACCCUACAUAAGGAAGUGAUGCAGCGCAUCAUCACCCUGCAGAGAUGGUUCCGUGCAUGUUUGACUAGGAAGCACUAUUUGUGCAAGAGGGAAGGAAUUAUAACCAUACAGCGAUCGUGGCGUAGUUUCCGUGUGUUGAACCGAUACAGGGCAGCUGCUGUGAUCCAGAUGGCAUGGCGAAGGUCCAAGGAGAGAGAGGUCUACCUGAAGCAGAGAGAAAAACUAAAAGAGCAGAUAGGUCAGUUAGAAAAGGGCCAUUUGAACAAGGAGGAAAGGACUGAGAAGAAGAUGGAGCCAAAGCCAAGUCCCUUGUUAAGACAGACAAAGCCACUGCCUCCAUUGCCUGAAUUUCGACCAGCAGAAGGACAGAAGGCCAAGGAACUGAUCGCACAGUUAAACACGGAUACCAAGUCUAAAGUCACAAUACAGCCUACUCCUGUUAUCAAACCCAAAGUCAAUGGUGAGGAUGAAACCAAGCCGUCUCCUAGAGCCCUCCCUCGGCCUGACUCCCUUCCAGUGAACAUGAGCAAGAGUGGCUCUGAGGUUCAAAAUACUGUAAACCUACAGCGCGGCAACAAGACAAUUAGGUUGAGGGAGAAGCCAGAGAAAUGGAAAGAGAGAAGCAGUGAAGCGGCACUUAUGGACCAAAUCAGUCCUGAGCUAAUGCAAAUUCAAACCAAGAGGACAAUGGGUUCACGUAAAUGUGGCAUCUCUCAAUCCCUGGAUAUUGUGUCCGGGUUGAGCUCUUCAGAGUCGGACAGCUCCUUAUCAUCUAAAAAUGAGGUUAAUAGCACCCGUAAGCGAAACAGACACAAGCGCCGGCUUGCGCGUCCUCGCAGUGGGCUGAAGUUGGAGCACUUGGAACUCAGUGAUGAAUUCUGGACUUUUCCUUUACCUCCCAUAAGUCCCUCCACUCCAAUCCAGUCCCAUAUCAGCGUGGUAUUGGAGCCUUUGAUCCAAUCACCUGUGGAAGCUGAUGGGUCAAUCAGUUGCAUAAGAAGGAGAACAAGUGAGGAGAUACCUGCACCAUCAAUUACACCAGAGAGGCGGGGAUUCCUAAAUCUUUUUAAGAAGCGUCUGACGCCCCAGGAUGGAAAUAUUACCAUGGCAAAAACAUUGGCAGAUGGAAAUGAGCUAGCCAUUGGAUCUCAGUCGUCUUCUUCACGUGCCAAAAGCUCAGACACGUUUUCUGGAGCCCGUUGCAACCCCACUAUUAAAAUCAGCCGAGCUACUCGCAUCCAAGAGCAAUGGAAUUCAUCACUGGACCGAGAGAUCACUGAUACUAAUGAACUCCGCCACCUGGAUGAGUUCUUAGGCAAUCAGAUGAAUGAUUUAAGCACCCGCACAAAGGAACUAUCCGAGACUGAAAAAAUCUUCUUCACAGCCACCACGCAGUUCAGAGACACAAUCAAAAGCAUGUACUCCAUCUCAAAUCCCAAUAUCGGCUAUAAGACCCUGAUGACAGGCUACCAGACAAAGGUAUUCAGUCUCGCAGGGCUGAAGAAAGUGUCUGAGGUGCCACUGGUGGUGAACCUUUUCCAGUCAGUUCUGGAUGGAUUUAUCAGGGGAGAGCUCAAACGAUUAGAGGCAGAGCCUUGUAAGAUUAAGGAAAGGAAACGAAGAAAAUCUAAAAGAGAUAUAUGUCCUGACAGUCCACGGGGUCACUUAUUUAGCACAUACCAGGUGACCAUUAUGCAAUCAUGUGACCAGUGCAACUCGUACAUAUGGGGCAUGGAAAAGGCCUUCAUGUGCAGCUCUUGUAAGAUGGUGUGUCACAAGAAGUGUCUUAGCAAGAUAAUAAUAAAUUGUACUGCUUACUGUGCAAGGAAGAAAGAGGGUGAGCAACACCACACUCUUCACUUUGGUGUACCUGUAUGCAUCCUGGCCCGCACAGGUGACUCUGUGCCUUUUGUCAUUGAGAAGAUGCUAGUACAUGUUGAAAUGAAUGGACUGUACACAGAGGGCAUUUACCGCAAGUCAGGCUCAGCCUGCAGAGCCAAAGAGCUUCACCAAAUACUAGAGAAAGAUCCCCAGACUGUCUGCCUUGACAAUUAUCCCAUCCACACCAUCACCGGCCUGGUCAAACAGUGGCUACGGGAGCUACCUGACCCACUUAUGACAUAUAGCCUCUAUAAUGACUUCCUGUAUGCUGCUGAUUUGCCAGAAGAGUCUGAGCGGUUGCGUGCUAUCUACCGAAAGUUAGAUGAAUUACCUCCCCCAAACUUCUCUACUCUUGAAAGGCUUAUUUUUCAUCUCGUGAAAGUGGCAAAAGAGGAAGCUCAAAAUCGGAUGUCAGCUAAUGGUCUGGCAAUAGUGUUUGCACCCUGCAUACUACGCUGCCCAGAUUCUUCAGACCCUUUCCUCAGUCUGAAAGAUAUAAACAAGACCACUCUCUGUGUGGAGAUUCUGAUUAAUGAGCAAACAAGGCGUUACAAUCAGAAAAUGGCAGAAAUUCAGCAUUUGGAAAAUGCAGAGGCUAUAGCCAUUAAACAACUCAAGCUCAGGAGAGAGAACACGAUAUUUGAGCAGCCGAAAUUAGAUUCUGAUGCCUCUUCAAUGGAGACCCUGAUUGAGCGGAUCAAGUCUAUUAAGAAGGAAAAGAAUGAUUUGGCCUACAGUCUGUCUGAGCUUGACCAGGAUAGCUCUGAUGCUGAGAACAUGGACUCUGAUUCAUUUAUCAGCUCUGAGAGUCUCCUAGAAGAUCAUUUUGUGAGUUUGGACUCAGAAGUGAGCACUUCUUUAAAGAGCCCCAGACCAGCGGAACCUGCUAAACCCCCUGAUCCAGCACUUCAUACCAGAACAGGGAGCAUACAGCAUACUGAAUACCAAAACCGUUCUGCCUCCCGUCAAGAUGGAGUCCAGUCUAUGUGUGUCAUCCAGAGCCAAGCUAUCCUCAAAUCCCUCACCACCUCCACCUCUCCAAGCAACCAGGGCAAAAGACUCUUUUCUGACCUUGACAUCCCUUUCAUAGAUGAAGACGUUUAACAUUAAGUAGCACCAAAAAGAAUUGUAUUCUAAAGUCUAUGCAGAUAUUUGUCUUUCCUAUAACCUAUAUAGGAAUAAAUCAAUUGCUGCAUAAAUUAAUUCUGUUUUAGAAUGAAUGUUGCCCUGUUGUUUAUAAAAUAUGUUUGUUUUAAAGUCAUUGUUACUUUGUAUGAUGUUUUGCUUGGAUUAUUUAAAAAUUAUAAUCUUGGCAACAUUUUUGGAUUUUAAAAUAUUUCAACCACUGCUUUUUUAUGUGGCUAAUGCAACAUUUCUAUGAACAAUAUGGAAUCAUCUGGACCCAUAUUAUUAUAUAUUCAGCAUGUAGAGGAAGUGAGUUUGACAGAUCUUUAUUCUUUUCACAAAACAGAAACUUUAAAGAUACAGUGCGUUCAUAAAGUGUUCAGACCCCUUAAUUUUUUCACAUUUUGUUAUGUUGCAAAAUCUACACUCCAUACCCCAUAAUGACCAAGCAAAAAGCAGAUUUUAUUUUAUAACUUUGCAAAUUUAUUAAAAAGAAAAUCUGGGUCUGAGUACUUUCUGAAUGCACUGUAUAAAUGUGCUUAUCCUCAUCAUUAAAUCAUUCCCUUCAUAGUUUAGGUGAAUUUAACAAUGUAAAUACGCCUUAAAGAAAACUGUGCUUUCUAAAUCAAAUCAUAUCUGAUAAGUGUGUAGUAUUCUCAUAAUGUGUGACCCUUUUAUCUAUAUUUUAUAAUGUAAAAAAUUAAUUUAGAUGAUAUAGGAGGUUGGAAAUCAUGUGAUAGAUGUUCUUGCAUGCUUGUUUAAAGUGUACUAUGAAGCUGCUGCAUGCCGUUUAUUAUUUUCAAUAAUGUACAGAUCUCCUAGUUCUUUAAAGCUUCUUUUCUGUUUUUAAGAUAAAUCAGUGGGAACAUGUUAGUGUCAUAAACACAGCUGUUUUACAUAUUAAGGGUGGUUUAGAUAUAUUCCACUGGAGAGAGGAGAAUUGGUUACAGGUGUUUUAAAAGUGACAACCCACAUUUUUUGUAAAAAUGUAAAUCCUGUCUGUAAUCUAAUUGCAAAUUUAAACCAAAUUAUUUCAGUUCUGCUGUCAUCAUUCAAGACGUCCAAUAUAAAUUUCCAGCAAAGUGA